ACUACGCUCUCCAUCUUCAUCACGCUCACCACAACCAAUGGUUCCCCUUCACGAAUGAAAGCGUGAGAAACAGAGGGAUCUCCAAAAGCAGCAAGCGCAGGAUGCAGUUCCACAAUUUUGCCAGCUAUGGGGCAGGAGAGGUGUGAGGGAUCACGGGGGUCGGCGAACUCGAAGUGAGAAGACGUCGCGAGAGAGGAAAGUUGCAAUAGGGAGAACACGAGAGGCUCCGGAGACAAAGACGUGGUCACCGUUCCUGAAAGCUCGUUAGGGAACGCGUUGUGUCUGAUUGUAGAGAGCACUAGGCUGUGCUUCUGCGCCUGCGUAUCGGAGUCCGACAAGGGGGAGGAUGAUAUGGAUAGUUGGAAGGACGAGCCCGGUUGGAGGAGGAUUGUCCCAGAUGUUCCUUCCGCGGGAGUCGAUGCGCUGCUGGCGCCCGUCGUUGACGACGACAGAGGAUUCGGCUGAGCUUUCUUUACGCGUAACCUAUCAUUCCCCAACCGAAGUACCUCGUCUGGGGCCUCCUCGAGCCAUCGAGUGUGUAUCGCUCCUUCGCGCCAGUCCGGAUGAGCUAGGACUCCAGCGAGCAACUCCCGGUUUGUCUUCACGUCCCCAGAGAUUCGAAGCUCUCUGAGGGCUCGCUGCGCCUUCUCAGUUGCCUCGCUGGGCGAGCCUGCAUGCACGAUGAUCUUCGCAAGGACGGAAUCGAAAUCGACUCCAAUGGUCCACUCAAAACCAGGAUUGUGCGCGCUAGGUCCGGUCGAAAGCCAUGUAUCGACACGGACUCCUCGUCCCGCAGGCCAGGAGAUGUCUGAUGGGCGUAAAGUUCCCGGAGACAGUUGGAAUGAGCGGACAGGAUCUUCCGCCACGAGACGUAGCUGGAUGGCAUGACCAAACGGUGGAGGCGGAGAAAUUGUGUGGUUAGGGAGUACGUCCGUCAGCGUCGUCGUCUUCGUCGAUAGCAACAGCUGUAUGUGGACGAGAUCCACGUUGACGAUCUCCUCGGUCACUGUAUGCUCCACCUGUAUUCGAGGAUUGAUCUCCAGGAAGACCCAUUCGUGUGAUUGUGCAUUGACGAGAAACUCAAACGUGCCGAGUCCGGCGUAGCGCAACUUUCGGGCCAUCUUCAGAGCGGCCUCAAGUAAUGGCUCAAUAGCUGUUCGCGGCAAGGUCGACGGUGCCAUCUCUAUGAUCUUCUGGAACCUCCGCUGAACACUGCACUCGCGCUCCCACAGAUGUGUCACAUUGCCUUGACUAUCGCCCACGACUUGUACUUCAACAUGCUUCCAGCCCCGCCCAACCAGGGCCUGCUCCGCGAAAAUCUGCUUGGAGGGACUCUCGCCUAGACACCUUUGAAACGCAUUCUCGACGUCUCCAGCCGCGUUUACAAGGCGAAUGCCGCGUCCGCCUCCACCGUCCAAUGCUUUCAGAAUGAUGGGGAAUGGGCACGGUCCGAGCUUUUCGAUGAACUGAUGUACGUCCGCGACGGACGAGACUCGAAUGCCGGGAGCUGUAGGAACGCCGAUUGAGGUUGCGAGCUCCCGGGAAAGCAUCUUAUCGGAUGCAAUCUUCAACGUCUCCACGGAGGGUCCAACAAAGAUGAUGCUAGCAGAUUCGUUUGGAUGAGGGGUGGAGAACAAGGCCGCGAGCUUGGGGCUCUCGCUCAGGAAGCCAUAGCCGGGGUGUACAUGCGUGCAGCCAGUCCGACGAGCGAUGUCGGCUAUGUGAUCUGCGUCCAUGAACCGAGCGGGCGAGUCCAACAGCACGGCUUCAUCCGCAUACGACGCGUGCGACUCGUCCUUUUCCGUGUAUAUGGCAACUGUCUGCCAUCCCAACUCUGUUGCAGACCGAAAUAUACGUACUGCGAUUUCUCCCCGAUUCGCCACGAGGAUCUUCGGCGUGCCCAUGCUGGACCACGAUGAUGGACUCUUCGUAAGGCUGCUCGGAGCCCUUGAAGACUGUAGUAGGACAGCCAGGUUCAUGUCGUGCGCCCUCGAAUAUCCGGGUAUGGAGGAGCCCGUGAUUCCCGGGUGCUUGUAGUACACGGUAUGCCGACCAUCGUGACCGCUAUGUCAGGAGUCGCCCGUGCCGUGAAGCGGGCGAACCACAGGUCAAAGUAGACCAACACCAGAAGAAUGCCGAAAGGCCCGUCGAGUCCAGAGGGCAAGUCGCCAGUGGCCACAUCGAGGACGGAAGAGAGUGAGGCUCACGACGCCAGUGCUGUCGAGGAUGAUGACGGCACGACCUGGAAGUAUGCAGUCUCUAGGAUUCGGAAGGUGCAAGUCAAGAACAGGACCCCGAAUCCCCAGGAUCCGGGCUAUGCACGACAAAAGCAGAACGGCAAGUUAUGGGUUCGGGAGCGACUAGACGCGCUUCUCGAUCCGGGAUCGUUCAACGAGGUCGGUUCACUCACCGGGAAGCCCAUGGUGGACGACAAAACUGGCGAGCUCAUGGACUUCAUUCCUGCGAACCAAGUCACUGGUUGGGGCAGGGUGGAUGGUCGGAAGGUUUUCGUGACCGCUGAUGACUUCAGCGUCCGUGGAGGUCACGCAGACGGAGGUGUACAAGGCAAAGCGGCUUUUGGCGAGGCUCUUGCUACCCAACACCGAGUGCCUCUGAUUCGACUAUUGGAUGGGUCAAGUGGGGGUGGUAGCGUUGCCACAUACCUCUCCGCUGGUGCCACAUACAUACCACCUCUGGCCGGACUCGGUCAGAGCAUGACAGCUAUGACUUUAAUACCGGUCGUCAGUGCACUGCUCGGACCAGUUGUUGGGCUGGGUUCGGCUAAGGCAGUGACCAGCCACUUCAGCGUGAUGGUCAAAGGAGUCAGCCAGCUUUUUGCAGCAGGUCCUCCUGUGGUCAAGCAGGCCACCUUUGAAGAGCUUACCAAAGAGGAGCUCGGUGGUUGGGAGAUCCAUGCACGAAAUGGUACUGUAGACAACGUUGCUGCCUCGGAGUCCGAAGCUUUCCAUCAACUCCGCACUUUCCUGUCUUUCCUUCCGACUUCCGUUCAUGUCUUGCCUCCUGUUUUCUCUUCUCCUGACCCGACGGACAGGAGAGAAGAGGAGCUGAUUGACGUCAUCCCGCGACGACGAGCUCGCGCAUAUGACAUUCGGAGACUUGUACGACUGAUUGUGGAUGUAGCUAGUCCUCCCUCGAGUCCUACCUCGGAACAGCCAUCUCCGACUUCGUUCUUUGAGAUCGGUUCUACCUGGGGUAGAUCCGUCGUCACUGGUUUUGCUCGCCUCGCAGGCCGGUCUGUCGGGGUCCUCACUAGUGAUUGUACAGUUGGUGGAGGUGCACUCGAUGCGCUGGCCUCUCAGAAGGCAGCGCGCUUCGUCAACCUAUGCGACCGCUUCGGCAUCCCACUAUUGAAUCUGGUAGAUCAACCGGGCUUCGCCAUUGGCUCUGCGGCUGAGAAGGCAGCCACGAUCCGUCAUGGGGUAGCCAUCAUGUCCGCCCUAUACCAUGCCACAAUCCCCAUAUUCACGGUCAUCAUACGUCGCUCCUUCGGCGUAGCGGGUGGUGCGCUGUCCGAUCCUGGAGACGGCCUCAAUGACCGUGUAGCUUGGCCCUCUGCCGAUUGGGGCAGCCUGCCUCUUGAAGGAGGGAUUGAAGCGGCAUACAAGAGACAGCUCGACAGCGCUCCGUCCCCAGCAGUGCGGGACAAGAUGAUGAAGGACUUGCUAGCGAAGUUUGAGGGGGUACGAGAUCCGACGCGGACCGCACAUGUCUUCGGCAUAGAAGAGAUCAUUGAUCCGCGAGACACUCGACCAAUGGCUUGCGAGUGGAUCGUGCAUGCGUACGAGCAUCGGCUACCAGCUCGGCUAGCCGCCAAGAAUGUUACUGCAGGAAUCGCUAGGACCAAAUACAAACUGUAAAACCAGUACACAAUCACACAUCUAUCUGCCAGAGAG